CCCAACAAUUCUUCCCCCAACUCCACACUCCACCACUCUUCCUUCUUCAAACCAUACGCUGUUACACCACCGCCGCCGCCGCCGCCGCCACCAAAUUUACAGACUCCGACAGAGUGAGCAGCUGAGCUCCAAUUUCCAAACACAAAAUUCAUGAUAUGAACUUCUCCACCCACGCUCACGCUCUCACCACUCACUCUCCACUCCACCGCUUCACCACCGCCGCCGUCGCCGCCCCAUGUCAGUCCUCCUUCUCCUGCUCCAUGCCCCGUCCCCCCAAUCGCAACCGCAGAACUCGCCGCAAUCGAAACACCACCCGCCCCACCACCACCACCACUACCACCUCCACCACCAUUAAACCCUAUUUCUACCCUCCUUCACCAUCCAACCCUGAUACUCUCCAAGCCACCUUCGACCUCGAUUACAUCUACCACACCUCCCACUCCACCCUCAACCAAUUCAUCUCCGACUCCUCCGACGCCCUCCAAGACCUCCGCACUCUCGUCUCUGUCGACGCCGGUAAUCGCGUCAUCGUCUCAUGUCGCCCUUCCACGCUGCGUUUCGUGGGCAAUUUGGUGAUUAUCACCUUCUCCGUCGUUUUGGGGUUUAGGGUUUUGGUUGCCUUGGUCAGGUUAGGGUUUAGGAGUCGGUCUGGGUAUGGCAAGGAGGCGACGGUGGUGAGGCGGGAUAGGAGUCUCGGGGGAAAAGAGGUUGUGGUAGGGAUAGUGGAGAAGGAGAGAGUUGAUGCGAGGAAAAGAAAGAAUUUUGGGAUUUUGGAUAAUCCGCUGUCAAUGCCGAAGAGUAGGAUGGUGGAUGGUUUGGGGAGGAUGUUAAAGAAUCCGGUUCGGUGGGCGAAGAAGCUGCCGAGCUGGUGGCCGAGCUCAGCACCGCAGCAGAGUCCGGGGGUGGAUAAGGAGUACUACCAGGGAGAAGCAGACAGAUUGGUUAGAGUGAUCACAGACAAUAGAAUGAGCGGAAAGGACAUAGGGGAGGAUGACAUUAUUCAUUUACGUCAAAUAUGCAGGACAUCUGGAGUACGGGUCUCCUUUGAUACAACAAAUACACGAGAUUCGUUCUACCGGGUGUCUGUUGAAUAUGUCUUAAAUGUUUGCAGCAGGGCCCCAAGUCAUUCGACUUGUGUUCGGAUUGACGGAGAAGAUGUUUGCCAUUUCAUUGCUGGGCUUGCCGGGAAUAUUGGCCUUGACAACAUUCGUGCUGCAAGAAUUAUGUCUGCAGCAGUGGCUGCACGUACACGCUCACGUUUUCUGCAGGCGUGGGCAUUGGUAAUGCAAAGUAAACAUGCAGAAGCAUUAGUCGAACUGUCAAAGAUAUGCCUGCUUUUGCGGAUAUUCCCUCCCGAGGAGUCCUCUCCUGAGAUGGAGAUGGUAGCUCGAGGCUUGGAAAAACAUUUGAAAUUGGAUCAGAGGGAAUUUCUAAUGAGCAUGCUCACUGGCGUUUGCAGUGAAGAAAGCCAAAGAAGAGCAGCAGAAGCUUUGGGUUUGAACCCCGACGGACAAUUUUUGGGGCUGGACGGGGAAAUCAUGGAUGCCGUGUAGACUACCCAUACGGGGAGACAGACUAAACUUUCUAGCUGAAAGUGAAAGAUGCGAUCUUCGAGAGGUCUUGGCGAUGAUGAAUCGAUGAUGAUGAUGAACAAUAAAAGUAGUUUACUGGGUAAAUAAUCAUCAGCACAUAAGGUUGUGUAUUUACAUCUGUGAUCAAUGUCUGUAUUUGCACCAAUUUGUUCGUUCUGUUAUCAUAUCAUAUAAUCCGAGAAGCGGAAGCAGAAGAACGAUCCAAGAAUCAAAGAUCACGAAGAAAACCAAAGACCUCGAAUGCAAAACAAAACACAGAAGAAACGUAUGUUUACGAACGCAGAAAAACAUUCACAUUUCGUAGCCUGUCAUAACCAUUAUUUAGACAGAAUUGAAUGGAAGGUAUGUUAUAAUCA